AUGAGAUGGACUUCAGAAGCCACGCAGAUCGUCAUUUGUGCCGCACUCAGCUCUCUCCAAAUCUUAUUUCGAUGUGGCUACCGAUUGCUUGUAAAGUGCGGCGUGAUCAAGUCGUCUAAUCGAUCAUGGGGACCCGAUGAUAGCUGGAUGACAUUCGCACUGCUGCCCCUAAUAUGCCGCACUGUUGCUAUGAUAAGAGUGUUUGGUCUCCGGCUAUCUCCUUCAAUUGAUGACCAGGUGUUGUCGCAAAAACUCAUCUUAGUUGGUCGUGUAUUCUAUGCUCUUUUUCUUUGGUGCAUGAAACUUUGCUUGCUACGGUUUUAUAAAAGGCUGGAAACUGGGUCCAACAAAGUCCAUUACUCUCUCCAGUUCCUGCGGGCCUUUAUCGUGGUAACUUUCUUCGCUACAUUGCUGGCUACACUGCUUGAAUGUCAGCCAUUGUUCAUGUUUUGGAAUCCUAAAUAUUCGCAUCAUCCGUGUCGGAAAGGAAUGUCUAAUUUGCUCACCAUGGGCUCGUUAAACAUCGUAACUGAUCUUGCUUUGAUUCUCUUCCCCAUUCCAAUGCUCUGGAGAAUGACAUCUCUCGACUUUCAGGCUAAGCUACAGUUAACCCUAUUGUUCCUAGUCGGCAUAUUGGUUGUUGUAAUAACAAUUACGCGACUGCCUCUGAUAUUAAGUCACUCAGUGGCUCAAACUACACGUUCUCUGUGGGCAUCCAUUGAGAUAGUCUGCGCAAGCAUUGUUGCAAAUGCCUCAUUUUAUUAUGCCCUUUGGCAAGGAUCAAAUCGAUACCGCGCCCGGCCUGCUGAUUACGACGACUCGUCUACACCAUUCCAACUUUCACAUCGGCCUAGGAAUGAAAGUGAUAGCCGCCUCAGCACACCGUAA